CAACCGCGACUGUUGUACCCGCUUCUUCUUGGAUCUACGUUAAAUUAAUUGCGCGCGUUGCGGGAAACACUGUCUUUGUGACGCGAAAAACCGAAAAUCUCAAUUAAAUAUGACCGGCGAUUCAAAUGCCUCCCGAAUAGUUUUCGAAGACUAGAAAAUGGCUGAUAAGAGAGGAACUUGAAAAAAUGCGAAAGGAGGCACGGAGUACUGGAAAAGAAACGAUAAAUCCGAGAAGGGAAGCCCCGAGUGACGGAUAUCCACGGCUUAAAAGAGGACCGAUCGCUUCGGCUGAUCCUCAGUCUUCGAUUCGGCUCCGAAGAGGUCGAGCUCGAAGAUGAAGCUUCGAUCGUCCUGGCUCCUGCUUCCCGGAGCACUCCUCGUCCUUUUCGCUUUGGCGACCGGGGCCAAAGUCGAUCCCGAUGCCUUUCCCAGGAUCGUGAGUAGAGACGAAUGGGGAGCGAGGAAGCCCGUGUUGGCACCUGUAAAAUUGCCCCAUUCUCCGGCUCCAUACGUGGUGGUACACCAUGGGGGGAUCCCCGAGUACUGCUUCGACCAAACCAGGUGCUCCGAGAUCGUCAGGUCCUAUCAGAACCUACACAUGGAUGUGAGAAAAUGGAACGACAUCGGAUACAACUUCGUCAUCGGCGAAGACGGAAACAUCUACGAGGGACGCGGCUGGGACUACGUGGGGGCCCAUGCCCCAGGGUACAAUACCCAAAGCAUCGGCGUUUCCAUCAUCGGAGAUUUCUCCGAGAUCCUACCGGACGAGGCGGCUCUAGGAGCUCUGGGCCGACUCAUCGACCUCGGGCUUCUCUUCGAGAAGAUCGGCAAGGAUUACAAGAUCAUAGGCCACCGGCAAGCACGGGACACGUUGUGUCCCGGAGACGCUCUUUACCGACACGUCACGAAGCUUCCGGCCUGGACUCCCGACCCGACGCCGACCUCCUCCAACAAGAGUUCACCCUCAAAUUCCCUCCGGAGAGUCGAAUGGGGAGUCGAAGAAAACCGAGUCGGGGAGUCCCCGACCGGUGCCGGCGCUAUCUGGCCUGGUGUACGUUUCCGGCCAAGUCAUCGCUCGAGAUUGCGUAUCUGCCUUUCGCCUCUCGAAGGCACUCGAGAUGUUAUUUUCAGUCGUCCGGAGAUCAUGUCGCUUAAAGCCGUGACCGCGCUUCUCGCGCUGAUUUUCCUGUCGGAGCCGAGGACCGUCCGUGUCGAAUUCGUGACCAGGGCCGAAUGGGGAGCGAGGACUGCGGUGGGGCCCGUCGACGAUUUCCCUUCUCAACCUCUUUACACGGUGGUUAUCCAUCAUUCCGAUACCAGAAACUGCACGGGUUUUGCCGACUGCAAGAAACUGGUCAAAAGUAUACAGAACUAUCACAUCGACGAGAAACACUGGUUCGACAUUGGGUAUAAUUUUCUGGUGGGCGACGACGGUAUCAUCUUCGAGGGCAGGGGUUGGGACAAGCAAGGGGCGCACGCCAGAUCGCACAACGCGGACACCAUCGGGAUCUGCUUCCUUGGCCGUUACAACGUCUAUUACCCCAAACAGUCCGCGGUAAAGGCAGCAAAGGACUUCGUCUCCGAAGGAGUGAACCUGGGGAAAUUGUACGACAAUUACACGGUGAUCGGUCAUCGAGACGUCGGCAAGACCACGUGUCCUGGCGACAGGCUCUUCGGCAUCGUCCAGACGUGGAGAAAUACCGAUAUUUAAGGGACUGGAUCUCUUGUCGUUCUUUGUAACGAUGGACUCGGCUUGAAACUUUUUCUUUGACCCUCCACAAGAAUCCACUCGGCGUCGAUGAUUAUCGGGGUUUCCGAUUUUUAAUAUGUCUCUGUUCGUUAUAAAACGCCCGUUAAGUUGUCAUUAAUAAUGUGCAUGAAUCUAA